AGUACAAAUAGGGUCGGUGAAACUCGUGACGGUGGUAGAGAUAUAGUGGUGUUACGGUGAUACGGUGGUACUAUUCUACCAUCAGCAAUUAGGGACUGUGCUAAGUGAAACUCUGACGGUGCUAAGUGGUACUGUGGUAUAGUGGUACUCUGGGACUACCACUGGGAUACAGUGGUAUAGCGGUGGUGCUCUGGAACUGCCAUCACCGACAGUGAUGUCGGCGUGCGUGGUGGAGGAGGGUCGGGAGGAGGGGGGUGGCGUGGACGAGGUGCCGGAGCGGCCGCGUCGGGAGGUGCUGCUCAGCGCGCGGGGCCGCCGCGCCUGCUCCGAGCAGGGCCCGCAUGCGCCGCAUCUACAGUCACACGGGACGUCGCACCUAUGGGGCUCUAACAGCUCCAAGAAGGGCUGGAGUCGCAAGCGCACGUCGGCGCCGCAGAUGGGCAACACGCAGGGCUCCAUGCCGCGCCUCGGCCUCGUGCUGCGCUCGCGCCGCAGCUGGCCCGUCGCACCGCAGUCGUAUCGCAGAAAAUAUGCUUUGUCACAACAAGAAACGCAGAGGCAUAUAUCAGCGAUGAAUGAUUUACUUGAAGUGACUCGUUAUAAUGAGGAACGGGUUUACUCUUUAUUGAGAGUCAACGGUUCCUCAGACAAAGCAGAAGGUACAUACUGA